GAAUGCUUCGUCCCUUUGCUUAUCCUGCGUCUUUUAGUCACUGCAUUUUUUUCUUUCGGUAUAACGAGAAAGUUAAAUGUAAUCACAAGGGAAUAUUCGAAUUGGGAAAUGACUUGUGGAAUAUUUUAUCGUAGUAACAAAAGACUUAGCAGCUCCCUACAGUUGCUGGAUAGCCAGCCGUGUAGAUCAUUUCCUUGAAAUUUCCUUUCAGUUUGAAGUUGGUUUCUACUGAGUCUGUUGCUGCCACUAGCUUACAUAUAGUAUAAUUAAUACGGGAAAUCAGAAUAAUAAUGAUUAUUAUAGACCAUGUUUCCAGCCAGUAUUGAACGUGAGCGUCUGACGUCAUUGUAACGCACUGACCUUGUUCCUUGUUAGAAAACUGGCUGGCUGCAGUGAGCGAAGUUCAUUUUACUGCACAAAUUGUUUAGAUCGGAUAAAAACAGCAUGUCCCGUGCAGCGGAUAGACUGAAGAUGGUUCUUAAUCAUCUGGACCGAUCUACAGUUCACGUCACUGCGUCCUCCACGUCUACACAAGUAUCGUCAUACUAUCAUAAUCCCACUCUAAGGUACACUUUGGACAGUGAUGCUCUGUCCCCUGAGCAGAGGCUCUCAUACGAGGAGAAUGGCUUCGUCCUCAUCAAGAACCUGGUGUCCGAGGAGGACAUCGACAAAUUCAGGAUGGCGUUUGAGCGGAUCUGUAAGGGGGAGGUUAGGGUCCCAGGUCUGCUGGUGAUGAGGGACGUGGCCAUCGCUAAGUCUGAGUUCGUCCCGGACCAGAAGGCUGUUUCCAAACUGCAGGAUUUUCAGGAGGACCCCGAGCUCUUCCGGUACUGCAGCCUGCCACAGAUCCUGAAGUAUGUGGAGGCCUUCACUGGACCCAACAUCAUGGCCAUGCACACCAUGCUGAUCAACAAACCACCUGAUGCAGGUAAGAAGACCUCCCGCCACCCGAUGCACCAGGACCUGCAUUACUUCCCCUUCCGGCCGGUGGACAGGAUUGUGUGCUCGUGGACGGCCAUGGAGAGGGUGGAUCGGAGGAACGGGUGCCUGGUGGUCCUGCCUGGGACCCACAGAGGUGCUCUGAAGGAGCACGACUACCCCGAGUGGGAGGGCGGGGUCAACAAGAUGUACCACGGUAUCCGUGACUACAGCGCAGACCAUCCCAGAGUGCACCUGGAGAUGGAGAAGGGCGACACGGUGCUCUUCCACCCUCUGCUGAUCCACGGUUCCGGAAUGAACCAAACGCAGGGGUUCCGCAAGGCCAUUUCCUGUCACUAUGCGAGCGCCGACUGCUACUACAUCGACGUCAAGGGAACGACGCAAGAGAACAUCGAGAACGAAGUUAAAGAAAUCGCGAGCCAUAAGUAUGGCCUGGACGGCUCGAUCAGGUUUCAGGACACGUGGGCUUUCCGGGGCCGUCUGGUGCAAGGAGAGAGGACCUCACUGUGAUGGUGCCACACCACUGCGCGCACACACACACCUCGGCAGUCGGGAUGAGGUUGGAAAGAGUAGCGGGGUAGUAGAGUGUAGAAGAGGAGGAGGGUGGAGAAGAGAGUAGAAGAGAAGUAAAGAAGGAGAGUGUAAAAGAGGAGAGUGUAGAAGAGGGGUGUAUAGAAGGGUAGUGUGUAGCUGAGCAGCUUUCCGCUCUAAAAUGUCUGUGUAGUAGAGGACUCUAAACUCUACUGUUAUGAGUGAAUGUGUGUGUAAGGCCUUUGCUUUGCUUGGGCUGGGUUAUGACUGUCUCUAACACCAUGCUGCCUUAAACUGCUGCUCCUGAUUAUUUUUUAAUUAAGUAGCGUUUUUUUGUUCAUUUUUCAGUAAUGCAUUGUGGUUUUUGAAAAUUGUUGCUUUAAUACGUUAAUUUAAUUUCCUGAAUAAGCGUUACAUUACAGGCAUUUGGCAGACGCUCUUAUCCAGAGAGACGUACAACAAAGUGUAACCAUAACCAGGAACAAGUGUGUCGAAAACCCUAGAGAGAAGUACCAGUCCAAGUGCAGGGAACAACCGCAUAGUUCAACUUGGACCCUGAAGGUUAAACUGAUUAACACUAACACAAACGAGAACAGCAACAACGCAGUCUAUGGAAAAAAUACAAGCAGUAGUUAAGACAGGUGCAUUAACCAAGUCACCUACGAACCAGCUACCUGGUUACAACCCUAAGCUUACGGUCAUUUAAGAGAUUACAGGGAGGGAUGGGGAGAGGUGCAGCCUGAAGAGGUGAGUCUUCAGUUAGUUGCGUUAGAGACAUAAAGCUAAUUCAGUAUAUGCUGCAGCCAAUUAUAAACUGGAAAAAUAUGAAUCCGUAUUCCCCAUCGAGAUGCCGGUUUGUUCUGGCUGUCAAACCAAUAGGCAUCAGGAGAAAGAACAAGCGCUCAGGAGCGCAAAAAGACUCAUUUAUUAUUAUUUUGUAAAAUCAGCUUGGGUACAUCACAAAAAAUCUCAGGAUGCAGGAAUGUAUUAAUAUUUAAUAUUAAUUUAAUUGCAGUGAGUAUUAGCUUGCCACUAAUAAAAUGAGCAGAUUGUCUGACAUAUUAUUAGUAUUAAAAAAAGAAUUAUUUGAGUUCUGAAUUAUCUCUGUGUUCAAGUUGUAUUAAUAGCUUUACCCAAUAUUUACAAAUGUUUAAAUAAUUUUGUAAAUAUUUACAAAAUAUUUACCCAAUAUUUUAUGGUGAUACGAGCACAAAAUUCACUAUGGUAAAUAACUGACCAUUGUUUAAUCGUAUUAGGAAAAACAAACAAAAUUGUCAUUUAUAAAUUGUAUUGUAACCAUCUGCAAUCGCCUGUUUUUCAAUUCACAAGGUUUUGUGUGUGAAUAGCACUUAUUCACGGUUGAAGACAAUAAAAAUACUACUAUCACCUGUUUAUUUUCCUGUUGUUUAAGUGGUACUGUAAACCGAUUGCAUUGUACACACCGUAGCAAAUCACCUUGAUCUGGCAUGGUGCAUUUCUGGAUUUGCUGAUAUCUUGACUACUGUUCUUUCCCUUUUGAGAAAAUGAAAUUUAAUUAAUCAAGAAUUAUUUUUCUCCU